AUGUUAGAUUAUUCACUCAUCAAAGAGACUUCUCGAAUCUUUAAUGAAGUUCUGCUUACCGAUACCGAUCUCUCCUUUCCUCCGGAAUUCGUUGAGGCUGCAAAAAAGGUCAAAUUCUGUGGAGGCGAUGACCAACCCUUUGUUCUCACGCCACUGAAGAUCACUGAAUCGAGUGCGUCCCUUACUGCUCUUGUAGCCACAGCUGGCAAUGUAGCAGCGGCAGAGAGAUAUGGAAUUGAAUACCAGAAUGUUGAAGUCAACCUUGACGUCGCAACUCUGUUUCUGGAGUCGGUGUUGCUCCCUACGAUUGGGGGUAAGCCGUUUGUGCGGCAUCCUCAUAUGGCUAAAGAGCUCGCGAAGAUGGAUCUCCAUAACUCAGCAAAGCCCAUUAGGAGUUAUGCAACCGGUGUGUACCAGACGAAAGAUGGUCGCUGGUAUCACCUCCAUGGCUCUAUGAACGCAGAGCCAACAAUGAAAAUGCUGGGUGUACAGGAUGUCGAUGUGAGUCCGGAAGGUGCGAUUAAGAUCUAUGCCGACAAGGUCGCCCAAUGGGACUCGACUGAGAUCGAGAGGGUUGCCAACGAGCAGUUCAGACAGGCUGGUGUGGUCUGCCUUACUCCUGAGGAGUUUUUCUCGAGUGAGCAGGGCAAGAUCAUGGCACAAGAGCCACUCUGGACCACAACGAGGCUACCAGCGCCACGCAAACCUUGGCCGAAGACAACGGAUCAACACGGAUGCAGACCACUUGCUGGCAUCAGGAUUCUAGACGUCUCCCGUGUCAUCGCAGCGCCAGCAGUGUCGAAGAUCCUAGCUGUUCUCGGAGCUGACGUCCUUCGUGUUUCAUGCAAUAGGUUACCUGACUAUGCUGCAACCAUGCCGGAUCUGCAAACUGGGAAGAGAGACACGAACUUGGAUCUGAAAACAGAAGAAGGGAGGCGAAUCUUCACCGAGCUUGUCAAGGGCGCGGAUGUCCUUAUCGAUGGGUACCGUCCUGGAGCUCUGAAGGGACUGGGCUUCGAUUCGAAGUCUUUGCGCCAGCUGAACCCCUCUCUAAUUUAUAUUCGCGAGAACUGUUAUGGGUUCAAAGGCCCCCUGGCUCAUCGAUCGGGCUGGCAGCAAAUCAGCGACUGCCUGGUAGGUCUGUCUUACGUUCAAGGAAAGUUUCUCAACCUCCAAGAGGCCGUCGUCCCGCUUCUACCAAACUCUGACUAUCAGACGGGAUUGGCUGGCGCGGCCGCAGCCAUUAAAGGUCUGAUCGCCCGCACAAAGGAGGACGUGACGUUCGACAUCGAUAUCAGCUUGACCCAAUACAACAUUUGGUACUAUCAGCUGGGCCUCUACUCGGAGGAACAGCAGGAGGCAUUGCGGAAGCGCGACCCUGCUUUCAGUCCCCGUCAUUUCGACGACAUGGUCCGCCUCGUGGGAAAGACACACGAGUCUUGGACGAGGAUCCGUCCAGAUAUGUUUGAUCAUCCAGAAUACUUUUGGGAAAUGAGUGGCCGAGAGUACGGCCUCGACGAGAAUCUUCUCGUGCUAGCGCCUGCUUUCAAAUUUGAGAAAUCGCAUAUUGAAUGGGAGGUUCCCACCGGGAGGCGGGGACGAUCAGAGCCAGAAUGGGUGUCAUAA